CACGCUUCAGUCUGCCUGGAGUCUCCUCAGAACUCGGUACCGGCGGACCGAACCGGUGACGUUGGACCGGGACUGAAAGGGAUUUUAUUUCCUUAAAUCAUUCUGCUUCCGGGGUUCUGGUUCCCUCUGAGUUCUGCUGGAUUUGGGUCAGAACUUUUUCGGACCUGAUGCUUCUAGAACGGACCCGCGAGAGCGGAACAGCGGCUCGUUUCAGGUCCGUUUAAAGACGUUCUGGUUCCGAUGCGGACCGGGUCGUGAUGCCGACUGCCCCCCCACCGCAUCACCCGUACCCUGAGCGAUGACUAUGAGUUCAUUAUCGGACACCUUAAUCCCGACCAACGGGUCCAAAUCGGCCUUUUUGGAGUUCGGUUACCCCGGAGCCCAGCAGCCGUCUCCGGGUCUGACUCACAACCCGUACCCGGUCCACGGCCUGCACGCAGUCGGGACCCCGCAGACCGACGGGCCCUUCGGGGCCGGAGCGUCCCCCUACGGCCGCUCCUACCCGGCCUACCACGCGCCCAUGAGCGCGCACCAUCCCGGGAGCUAUCUACCGUACCAGCACGGCGCGCACGACGGCGCGCUGGCACAUCUGGAGGAGUCCGAGCUGGAGAAGCCCACCGAGGUGAUAGAGAACGGUGAGGUGAGGCUGAACGGGAAAGGGAAAAAGAUCCGGAAGCCUCGGACCAUCUACUCCAGCCUGCAGCUCCAGGCCCUCAACCAGCGCUUCCAGCAAACCCAGUACCUGGCCCUGCCAGAGCGGGCCGACCUGGCGGCCAAACUGGGCCUGACGCAGACCCAGGUAAAGAUUUGGUUCCAAAACAAGCGGUCCAAAUACAAGAAGAUCAUGAAGAACGGGCCCUGUGGACCUGAGGUGGACCCCCUCGGCCCCCCACCGCCCUCCUCCUCGUCGCCGUGCUCCCUGUGGGACAUCAGUAUGGCUGCCAAAAGUGCUCCAGUGCACACCGGGGGGUACAUGAACAAUUUUGGACACUGGUACCCGGGACACCAGCAGGACACGAUGGCGAGGACCCAGAUGAUGUGACAGAUGGGUUGUGGAUUAAUAUAGAGCCGGAGUCACCAUGGAGGGAGCAGUAGAAACUCAGACAGCUCAAAGCAAACUCAGCCACAUCGGCCAGAGACAGCGGGGAAUGCGGCGGAGCUCAACUGGAAAAGUGCACUUCCACGCCUCCGAAGGCUCGAGCAGCGAGCCUCGGGAAUGAGGGAAACAGAGACUUAUGGUUCAGGCCGAAAAAGAUCAGGAAAUCAUCUAACACGCUAACAGGCUUUCGUAAGUUUGCUGCAUUAGAAGAAAAACUGAAUCUAAUGGGUCGAUCGUUCUUUUCUGUCUGUAAAAUAAACAUCAGCCCUUCAUCAACAACCAGAACCGCUUCUGGGUCACGCUGUCUGCGGUCGUGUCUGCUGGAUUCAGUCCGCUUUUAAUCCUCUCAAAGUAAAAGUCAGUGGCCCUUUGUGUCACUUUGAAAUGAAAUGAAAAUAAAAACGACGUUGUGUUUUACUGA